AUGGACGACUCUUGUACUCCCCCUGACCAGGCGGCUUCUGGUACCGGCAGUGAUGCCGCCGGUGUUUCUCCCCAGGCUUCCCAACCUUCCACAGCUUCAGCUGGGAACAGCAAUACCGAUCCCAAUCUCAAUGGCCCAUUGACGCUCCGACCUGGUCACGAGCUGCCUUUCGUUGCGCCAUCAUCCUACCUUCGUCCCAAACCAAGCAGUCGCACAAUGCCAGAUAAGACGUCAAAUCCCCUGGACAAGGACCAGAUGCAGGGUCUGAGAGGUAUUCGCGAGUUCCUCAAGGUCCGCACCAGCUACGAUGUCUUGCCGCUUUCCUUCCGCCUAGUCAUACUCGACAACGAUCUCCUUAUCAGGAAAAGCCUCAAUAUUCUGAUCCAGAACGGCAUUGUCUCGGCGCCGCUCUGGGACUCGCGCAACGGAACCUUUGCUGGCUUGCUUACUAGCACCGACUACAUCAAUGUCAUCCAAUAUUACUGCCAGUUCCCCCACGAAAUCGAUCAAGUCGACCAAUUUCGGCUGAGUAGCCUUCGAGAUAUCGAAAGGGCCAUUGGUGUUCUGCCGCUCGAGACCGUAUCCGUCCAUCCCAUGCGCCCAUUGUACGAAGCCUGUCGACGAAUGCUUAAAACGCGAGCUCGGAGAAUUCCCUUGAUCGACACGGACGACGAGACAGGCCGAGAGACUGUUGUCAGUGUUAUCACACAAUACCGCAUCCUAAAGUUCAUCGCUGUCAACAACGAGCAGCACACGAUGUUGCUAAAGAAGCCCGUGAGGGAGAUUGGCUUGGGAACCUACACCGACCUUGCUACGGCGAACAUGAACAGCUCCGUUCUGGAUGUCAUUCACCUCAUGGUCAAGUACAACAUCUCGGCUGUGCCAAUUGUCGACAAGGACAACCGAGUUAUGAAUCUAUUUGAAGCCGUCGACGUCAUCCCUUGUAUCAAGGGGGGUGCGUACGACGAGCUGACAGCGACUGUUGGCGACGCCUUGUCUCAGAGAGCUGAAGAUUUCGGGGGGAUUUACACGUGCAGCGAAGAGGAUCGCCUGGACUCGAUAUUCGAAACCAUCCGAAAGUCUCGAGUACAUAGGUUAAUUGUUGUUGACGAUGACAGCCGCCUCAAGGGAAUCAUCUCUCUCUCGGAUAUCCUCAAAUACGUAUUGCUCUACGGCGAGGAAGAGGAUGACCUACAGGAGUAUUAAAUGGGAACACGAAGAUGGGGCGGCACUUGUCUUGGCCUUAGGUUGGCUAUAGGAUGGUAUGGUUUUGUUUUGCAUUGCAUGGCGCUUUUGUUUUUGGAGGGUAUGUCGAAUUAGUGGAACACUAGGGUCGUAUAUUCUUACAUCCUCGAUGGGCGACAUAGAUGGAAUCUUCUCUUAUCCUGGAACACGGCAAGAGGAGGUGCUGUUAUGGCUGAACAAUGGCUUACUAGUGGUCCUGCUC